CACUAUUGGAAUCGGAUGUUGAAAAUAUUACAAAUUUACUACAAAGGAGAGAAGCACGGACACGCGCUAUUCUGAUAACCGCAAAUGGAGUAAAUGCUUGGAUGAAUGGCUUUUAUAGUUUGUCUAUGCAAGUAGCAAGUGAUGCUCGGAAAACGGGAUUAAUGAAACAAACCAGGGAGACACAGUACUCUCUCCAACCAGCACUGUCUCCGCAACUCUCGAGCCAAAAACAUCAACAGCAAAUCCAAGCGCACGAAGACGUACCAUAUCAACGAGAAAGGUCCAGAUAUUCAGACUGGAGUUUAAGUGAACUUGAGGAUGAGCGAAAGCGAAUCCUGCAGCAAUUCCAGUGCCAAGUCGGGCAUGACCCAGACAAGCUUGGGCAGAUAAUAGUAACUGUGGCAAUGUCGGUAGACUCUCCAAAAGAAAAUGGAAACCAACUGGGUGGCUACGGUGUUGUAUGGUUUCACGAAGGAUUUCCAAAUCAAGUAGGCUAUUAUGAUGGCCCAUUCAAUGGUACUUCGAUAUUUAUCUUACUGGCUAUGCGAGAUGCUUUGGUUGCAAGCCGCCCGGAUCGACCUUUACUCAUAGGCAUGAAACACCAGGCUGUCUACAACUGUAAAGUAUUUUAAUAUUAUAUAUGAGCGGUCACAGUAAGAAAAUUCCAUUUGAGUCACUGCUGACACCAUAUGUUCAAGAAAUCAACGAAUUGAUUUCAGGAAGAACAGCGUCGGUGGAACUCUUUCUGGUAAUUAAGAUAGGAGUGAUCGGAAAAGCAUAGGAAAUGUUAUGUUGUUAUGUUGUCACUGAUGAUUACAUAGAUCAAGGGCACCCAAGAUAAGCCCUGGCAUGAGCUACUCUAUGAUAUCGCGAAGACUGUAGCUAGGGAA